AUGGUCCCUGCCGUGCUGCUGUGCUUGAGCUUUGGUUACGCAGCAGCCCUCAAGCCCACGUGCCUCUCAGCUCAGUUUCGAAGGCCGGGUGAUUACAUCUUGGGGGGCUUGUUCCCUUUCGGAAUGGACACCGUGAACCUGGCAGCACGGUCAGAGCCCACGGUAGUUGAGUGUGAAAGGUUAUUUGUGGAUGGGCUAAUAUGGGCUCUUGGGAUGAAGUUUGCUAUCGAUCAGAUCAACAAUUCCACUUCGCUUCUGCCGGGAGUAAAGCUGGGCUAUGACAUGCACGACACCUGCUUCGAGCCACUGAUCACCUUAUACCCCAGUUUGCUGUUUCUGGCCCGGAAUGGCACGACGGGCAUCGGGGUGCUCUCCAACUACACCGACUACCAGCCUCGUGUGACUGCUGUGAUCGGGCCACAUCAGUCAGAUCUCUGCCUGGUAACAGCCGAACUGUUCAGCUUCUUCAUGAUCCCACAGGUGAGCUAUGGAGCAACCAGUGAGCAGCUCAGCAACACGAAGCUGUACCCAUCCUUCUACCGUACCGUUCCCGGUGAUCAGAAGUUGGUGGAAGCUGUGGCCCUGCUUCUGAAUAACUUUGGAUGGAACUGGGUUGCCACCCUUGGGAGUGAUGAUGAAUAUGGUCGAGGAGCCCAGGGACUCUUCUUAAGCAUAGCCGGAAAUCACAGCAUCUGCAUUGCCUUCGAGGGGCUAAUUCCUACAGACCGUGAAGACCCCAAAGCCAAAAACCAACUGGAAGAAACCAUUAAGUUAAUUAACAACACUAACGUCAACAUUAUUGUCCUUUUCGCCUUUAGUCAGCCAGUGCUGACCCUGCUAGAGCACAGCAUCAGGAUGGGGCUGAGCAAGAAAGUCUGGAUUGGUACUGAAGCCUGGAUGUUGUCUGAUGCAGCUACCUCCAUCCCAAAUAUUCAGAGCAUUGGAACAGUCUUAGGCUUCGUAAUGAAAACAAGCACAGUCCCUGGCUUCCAGAAAUACGUCGCUGACCUCUUUACCUCUGUUGAGCAAGAUGAAUUUUGCCAGGAAUCUGACCGCCUCAUCAUCUCUGACACGCGGGACACCGUAUGCAAACAGUGUGACCACAUCUCGCUGCACAACAUCUCGUCCGUGCUACGCCGCUCACAAACACAACACGUGCACGUCGCGGUCUACAGCGUAGCUCACGCGCUGCACAGAGCGCUGGGGUGCACCCGUGAAGCCUGCCCCAAAGCACCCGUCAGAUCUUGGAAGCUGCUGCACUACAUGAACACCCUCCCGUUCCAGGUGAAUGGUCAAAGUUUCAGGUUUGAUCAAUCCCACGGCACAAACACUGGCUACAACCUUGUUUUCUGGUCCUGGAAAAACGGCACCGUUACGUAUCUGCCUGUAGGCCACUAUGAAGAGUCCCUGUACGUCAAUAAGUCCCAGAUUCACUUUCAUACUGCAGAUCAAAAGGAGCCCAUGUCAGAGUGCUUCAGACACUGCAAACCAGGACAAUUCAGACGAAUAAAAGGAUCCCACCUCUGCUGCUACGACUGUACGGAUUGUCCAGAAAACACCUUCUGGAGCUCUGAAGACAGCUCCACCUGCACCCCCUGCCUGGAGCACCAGUGGUCCCCCGCCCGGAGCACACACUGUUACGACCGCAGCGAGAGGUACCUCUUUUGGAACGAGCCGCUCACCAUCGCCUUGCUAACGCUGGUGGCCAUCACCACAGCCCUGACUUGUCUGAUAGCAGCGCUCUUCCUCAAGAACCUUGAGACUCCCCUCGUGAAGGCUUCUGGAGGAAAACUGAACCUCUUCGCCUUGCUCACACUCACGCUGCUGUGUCUCAGCUGCUGCCUCUAUGUGGGGAAGCCCAGUGACAACCUUUGUAGGAUCCAGCAGAUAGUCUUUGCUCUGUGCCUCAACGGUUGUUUCUCCACCUUCUUCAUCAAGUCCCUUGAGAUCACCCUCGUGACAGAGUUCCCUCGCUGUGCCCCCACCUUCCUCGCCUGGGUGACCCAGCGGAGGGCCUGGCUCCUUGUCGCCUCGUGCCUCCUCACUGAGUGCUUGUUCUGCUUCUGCUACCUUCGUGUGGGCCCUGACUACCUGCUGUCCGACUACAAGUCGCUGCCCACUGAGGUUCUGCUCGUGUGUAACACUCAGUCCUGGCUCGCCUUCACCCUGGUGCACGGCUACAACGGCUGCUUGGCCUUCGUCUGCUUCCUCUGCACGUUCAUGGUACAGACUUCUGGUAAGAAGUACAAUAUUGCCAGGGGGAUCACGUUUGCCAUCCUCAUCUAUGUCAUCAUCUGGAUCUUCUUCAUUGCUGUUUUUGCCACGCUGAAGACAGUCCUCAGGUCUGCUGUUGAGAUUAGUGCCAUUCUGACAAUCAGCCUGGGCAUCCUGGGGACCUACUACAUCCCUAAAUGCUACAUCAUCUUGCUCAAGCCUGAUCUGAACACGGUGGAUUAUUUCCAGUACUCCAUCAAAGAAGAGCCAGAGGAGGCUGAAUAA